AUGUCACAGACUGUUAAAGAACCAGAAGGGGUUCCUGCUCAGAAGGGUAAGAAUGAGGUGCAGGUAGGCGGGAGGCAGGGUUUGGGGGACCCUAUGGAGCUGUUGAAUGCACCAGAAAUACAAAAACUAAUGGAAUCAGACGUAUCUCCGACUGCGCUUUUGAACCGGUUGAAGAUGUCCUUAUUGAUGUGCGUGGAGUUUACGAAAUUUGUGAGGAAGAAGUAUAUUCUGGAAGAGGAACAUGCGCAAGAGAUGUCAAAGGCGUAUAAGAACUUCUUUCCUGACACUGGUGCAAGUAGCUUACAAGCUAGUAUGCACAAGGUUUUAGAAUAUGAUGGUAAAUUGGCAAAGGUUAAGAUGUCUUAUGUGUCAGCAUUGCAAAAGAUAUACGAUGAGUUAUCAGCUUUACUGGCAACGAUGACUAAAAUCAGGAAGACAUUGAAAGAAAAUAGCAGGCGGCUUGAGAAAGAAGUUGCGGACGCUAUUCACAGUGCAGAAAAGGCGAAGAGUAAGUACAUGGCGCUAUGUCAAGAUUGGGAGAAGUUGAAGUUGGUCGACCCUGCAAAAACGAAGCUAACUUUGAGAGGUUCUAGAACCACCAGGGAACAAGAAGAAGAGUUGUUAAGGAAGAUUGAUACAGCAGAUCUUGAUUAUAAACAAAAGGUGGAUUAUUCAACUUCAUUAAGAAACACUUAUAUCUCUAAUGAACGCCCAAAGAUUGUGACUGAACUGAAAGAUCUGAUUCUAGAAUUGAACACAGCAGUAUCCAUUCAGUUACAGAAGUAUGCUAUUUGGACUGAGAAUCUGAUUUUAAACAGUGGAGUAACAAUUAUUCCAUUUGAAACCACUUUAUCCAGUAUGAAAGAUCAUGCAUCGUCGAUGAAUAACCAGUUGGACUUAUUUGAGUAUCUAUCGAAGUAUACCAGCAAAAAUGGAACUUUCAUCAAUAAGAGUCUAAUCCCUGUGGACUAUAGAAAACAUCCUGCUAUGAUUAAAUCAGGAAUAUUUAGCACGCAAUCCUCCAGUUCUAGUUCUUUUCAAACUAACUUAACUACGAACACUUUACCUAAACGUGUUAUUUCGACUAGUAAUGAAUCUCCAUUUGAUUCAAAGCCAUCUCCGCCAACAUCUUCGAGUGCGAAAUCAUCACCUACUCCAAAUAGCUUCCCGCUUAAUUCUGGGCCUCAACAGCCUGAAAAUUCGAAAAUGCUAAUAGCUGCUGCUGAUAAAAUUCCAGAGACCAGGGGUAAAUUUGGAACUUUAGAUCCAGGUUCGAGGAAAGGUGGCCAAAGCCAACCUAGUUUGGUAACAUCCAUUGUAACUACCUUUGGUUCUCAAAGUCCUAUAUCUAAGGCGGAGAGUAUGAAUACACUACCUCCUGGAGUUUCAAACAAUAUGAAAACAUUUUCUGUUCCAUUGGAGGACUUAUUGGAAUAUGAGCAAGAUUUGGUACCAGCUAUUGUUCGUCAAUGCAUUUAUGUUGUGGACAAGUAUGGUCUCUAUCUAGAAGGAAUUUAUCGCAGAUCUGCAAAUGUUCUGGAUGUAAGCAGACUGCGCGAAGAUAUAGACAAGGACCCGUCAAAUAUAUCCAUGCUAUUACCACCUAAAAAUUACACUGAUUCAGAUAUAUAUCUUGUAGGGUCAUUGUUGAAAACCUUCUUUGCGAGUUUGCCGGACCCGCUAUUAUCCCGAUCCAUGAGUGACGAAUUAACGACAUGCUUGUCCAUUGAAAACCCGACUACAAGGAAGAAUUAUUUACACGGGUUAAUUUAUAAAUUACCGGAUUGCCAAUAUUGGACUUUAAGGUCAUUAAUCUUCCAUUUGAAGCGCGUUUUAGAUCGUGAAGAAGAAAAUAGAAUGAAUCGGAAAGCAUUGUGUAUUAUAUGGGGACCUACUAUAGUUCCUCCAAAAACCGACGAUAUCAAUGAUGUCAAUCAUCAAAUAAACGUUAUGGAUGUAUUAUUUGAUGUAGCUGACCAAGCUUUUGAGCCAGAGUAA